CUUAGUAUACUUUGCGGUAUAUUCAUGGUGUAGUUCUUGUGGACUGGACCAAGUCCUCCGAUUUCCGGGCUUAUCCUUAUCCCCGGAUUGUAUUGGCGUUAGGCGGCCGGCGAUGGAUUACCAGUACUUUGAGGAGGAAUCGGACUACAUCGAUCUCGACGAGGAGGAGGAGGAGGAGGAGACGGUCGGCGGUUUGGACUACAGGUUUGGGAAAACCGAGGAUGAGGACUACUAUCUCGGUGGUGACGAGGAGGAGGAGGAGGAGGUGCAUGGAUACGGAGUCCUGGGCCUGUCCGAGCAACUUCUUGAGAGUCUGCAGAGCUGCCUGGAGCCCUCACUCGUGCAGGUCCUGCAAUAUGUGGCACCCAUGCUGCUCCUCUGCCUGCUGUGUCGUCUCUUGUGCCUCCUGUACUCACAGCGCAAACGUCUCACCAGCCUGGCACCGCUGCACUUGAUCCACUUUGGCUGCGGCCUAGUCCUGCUGCAGUUCUCCCUGGGCCACCGACUGCUUCUCCUGCUCCUGCUGGCCGCCAUGGGCUACCUGCUGCUCCAACUCCUGCGGCUGGGUCGAAAAGGCGCUCAAAUCCUGGCUGUCCUGACCGUGGGCAGCCAGUUUCUGUACGAGUUACUCUUUUGGCGGCGGCGCAGCGACUGGCCCCAGCUGCGCGGCAUCCAGAUGGUGGUCAACAUGAAGCUUAUCUCACUGGGAUUCGACCUAACCGCCAGUGGCCAGUUGCAGGCGCGGAUUCCGGGUCCGCUGGCCUAUCUGGGCUACAUCUACAGCCCGGCCACCUGCGCCCUGGGUCCCUGGGUGAGCUUCGGCUGCUACAUCGACUGCCUGGUCCCCAGAAACGGCUGGCUGGUCAGUCUGCGACGUCUGGUGCCCAACGCCCUGCUCUGCGUGCUGGCGGUCACCGUGUCCAACUGCGUGGCGCCCGCUCUGAGCGACUUCUUUGGCGACAGCUCCCACUUCCUGGUCAUGUACUGGGAUGCGCUGAGUGUGCGCACCAGCCACUACUUUGUGGGCAUUAUGGCGCAGGCGCUGCUGGUGGCAUCCGAUCAGCGACUGGACGGCGCUGGCAAGGAAUCGGAUCUGUUGGGUCCACUGGUCUCGAAGCCCUGGCUCAUCGAGUGGCCGCGUUCGAUCAGCUCGUUGGUCAGAAGCUGGAACAUUCCCAUGCACGAGUGGCUUAAGCGGUACAUCUACGCGCCCUGCAAGGUGGACGGAUCGAGGGGACGCACCCUGCUGGCCGUGUUGUCCACUUACAUGGUCUCCAGCCUGCUGCACGGCAUGGAUCUGCGCAUCUACGUGGUGCUAAUCUCGCUGGCCGUCUUUGCCGAGGGGGAAUCUUUGCUGAGGCGGCAACUUGCGGGCGUACUGGAUGCCUGCAUCUCCGCGAAUCUCUGUCCGGGCAAGGAGCGAUGUCGGUAUGGCAACUGCCCCAGCAAGCGAAGAUGGAGCUCCGUUUCCUUUUGGCUGGUGAGGGCCACUAACCUGGCCUUCACGGGGCUGGCCAUUUUCCACCUGGCCUAUCUGGGAGUCGUGCUGCUGGGUGAUGCCCUCGAAAUUGGGGACGAACACGAGUCCUUCCUCUGGCACUGGCAACAGGAGGGCUAUCUCAGCCACUACAUCGGCGCGGCCACCAUUGUCCUUUACCUGUUCAUCUCGUAGACUCCCUAGGAAGAUACCCAAUACUCGCUAUGACUGAUCUACACGUAUUUAUAAUUGUACUAUUAACCGCAUCCAAUUGUAAUUUUUGUAUCUUUUCGUAUAUUGUAGUUUGUGUGUGUGCUGUGUGAGUACUUAACAUUAAAUCAUUCUGUGAAACGGAAACUGUAGAAAACUUUAGUUUGGGUACCAUUGAAGAUCAUACAAAACAUAGGUGGGACAAUUGGUGUGCUAAAUUUCAGUUCGACCCUGCUAACUCUUUGGUUUCCCUUUGGGUUUCCAACAGGUUCAAGCCGCCUCUAAAAAGAUAAUCGCGUAUUUGCCUUUUCCAAGUAAUAUUAGUGUAAAUAAGGCAUUUCCUAUCGAAGAUAUUUAAAUAUUUCUGAAAACAAGAGAUCGCACUUGGACGGCUUAUUUAGAUUAGACUUCUAUGGUUCUUCCGCUCUCUAGGUUUUUUAGUCUUUUUGUAAAAUCAUUUUAUAGUCAGGUCUUAAAGUGAUCCUUACUUUUAUUGAAAUAGAAACAUAGAAAACUCAUCUUUCUUUUUUCAAAUAUUUUUUAUUAAUUUUUUAAUGUAUAUUUUCUUUGUUGUUGGUUUGUUUCGCUUUUGUUUGUUGGUUGUUUUUGUUUGUUUUCUCAUUGAGACAAAUAUUUAUAACAAUAUUGUAAUUCCUACAGAUUUUUGUUUUGCGUUCAUUUUGCUUCCGCUUUCCGUUUAUGUUAGCUUUUAUUUCAGUUUCUGUCCUCGAUUAUUGAUCCUCUUCUUCGGGCUGUGUUUCAUCCAUUUGUUUUCAUUUAGUUUGUUUUUACGCGCUUACGAUUUAGAUAUUAAAAUUACUAGCUUAAGAAUUAUGCAAUGACAAUAAAAAUAUUUAUUUACUUUGUUGAAUGCAACUUUUGUUUGUUUUAUUUGCUUCUUUUAGCGUU